AUGCCGACGGCCGAUCUGACAUUUGAUUGGUUCAUCCUACCCCUUCCUGAAGAUGGUCCUACUCUGCUCCAGCGUGUAUCGUUGCAAUCCUCCUUCUUUGGCCAGAACCUUCCACGAGCACUCGGGUUUCGCUUGUCCUCCUGCGCACACUGCGUCGUCCAUUCGUCCGUGUACACCCAUGGCGGUCUCCAAUCAAAAGGACUACCUCCAAGUAGCCUGCAUCUCAGCAUAGCCUCAGUGGGGCCAUCUGGUAUGGCGGGCAGAAUGCACAAAACGUGUGCUUUGCUUCGCCCUUUCCCGGUUCUCCUCGUCUGCACCGGUCUCGUGGUGUCGCUGCUCUCGGUAGACCAGUCGGCCGGAGACGGAAAUCCAGCUGUCGCCGGUCUCACAGCUGUCGGCUCCGAUGGAGGCGGCCGUGGCGAUCUGCUCUCGGCUCCAUUCGACGCCAGCUACCUGGAGAACAAAGCCGGAGUGCCCAACUACCACGAUGACGACGAGACCAAACAGUGCUCGCCGAUUCGCGAAUCCGUCUGCCAGGGCCUGCAGUAUUCGGACACUUUGAUGCCGAAUUGGGUGAAGAUGAUGACGCAGACAGAGGCGGCCAAGCGGAUGCACGACUAUCAGUCGCUGCUGAAUGUGCAGUGCUCGCACUAUUUGAAGUUGUUGCUGUGCACAAUCUACUUUCCCAUGUGCACUCCACUCUUACAAAAGCCGACUGCACUGCACCCAUGCAAGAAGCUCUGUCUCCACGUGAAACGCCAAUGCGAGCCGAUCAUGAAGAGCUUCCAGUUCCCUUGGCCAGACGAUCUGGCCUGCCACAGUCUCCCCGACUCUGACGUGCUUUGCAUUCAACCGAAUAACUAUUCCUUGGACGAACGCAGAGCCCGACUACCGAGUCUUCUGCCCGUGGCAGCGUCAGGCCUGCUCGAGAAGCCGCAGGUGCUGUACGAAAUGACUGACUCUGCCUGGCGGCCCGGCCACAUGUCGGCGGAUUCCGUCAAACUGGGGCAGUCUCGGACACUGGCUUCCGGCGGUCCAGGCGGCGCCGGCCACAACGUCUAUCCGCGGCUUGAUGAGCUGUUGAAAGGCAGGGACGACAGUCUCCAGGCGAUGGCGGAACAAUUUUCCCAGGCUCUGGGUCGUAAAGACGCCAUCGACCCGCCGGAAGGACUGGAGCCCAGGGGCCCAGGCGCCUCCCACUGCUCUGCGGCCGAGUUGCCCAUCGUUCACGACACCAACGACACCUGCCUGGUGCAUUGCCAUGCCGAUCUGCUGUAUCGUCGGGGCGACAAACAGUUCGCCCGCCUGUGGACGCUGGUGUGGUCGGUGUUCUGCGCCGUCUCGUCGGCUCUCACGGUCAUCACUUUUCUCGCCGAUCGGCCAAGAUUCCACUAUCCCGAACGACCGAUCGCCUAUCUCUCGGUCUGCUUCCUCGCGCUGGCCAUCGGCCACCUGCUGGCGCUCGGGCUGGGCCACGAGCGUGCCGCAUGUCGGCCCGUGCAGUCGAUCGAUCCGACGGAAACGGAAACGGAAACGGCCACUGCCAGCGCCAGCGCCGCGACGAUGGGCCCAGGCGAGACGGGCGAAAAGCGCCAACUGUUCUAUCUGGUGCGCUCGGGCCACGAGGGCACCUGGUGCACCAUCGUCUUCCUCAUCGUCUACUACUUCGGCACAGCCAGCCAUCUCUGGUGGGUGAUGCUGAGUCUGGCCUGGUACCUGUCGGCCUCGCGCAAGUGGAGCCACGAGGGCGUCGAGUCGGUGAGCAGCGUCUUCCACCUCUUCGCGUGGGCCCUGCCGGCGCUGUUCGCCGUCUUCCUGCUCAUUCUGCACCAGAUCGACGCCGACGAGCUGACCGGCGUUUGCUCCGUCGGACAGGCCAGUCGGCCGGCCCUCCUGUUGGCCGUCAUCCUGCCACAGGCCGUCUGUCUGUUGCUGGGCCUUCUGUUGCUGGGGCUCGGCUUCAGCGCCGUGUUCAGAGUGCGUCGCGACCUCAAGACACCCUCGUCGGCCGGAGUCCGGCUCGACGAGUCGGCCGGUCCGGCGGCCUCGGGUCCGGCCAAUCGUCGGCGUCUGGAGAAACUGAUCGCCAAGCUGGGCGUCUUCUCCAUCCUCUACACAGUGCCCGUCUUCUGCCUGCUCGCCGGCAACCUUUACGAGUACUUGAACCGUCCCGCUUGGCACUCGGCCCUGCGGCGUCUCCAGGCCAGCCGGCCAGACUGCCUGUCGCCC